UAUAAGUUUGUAAACAAAAAAUAAGUCACGUGCUCGGAUAUUAAUAUUAUUUGUAUUUUGUCGAUUAAUGCUGUUUGUUGCAUUGUUAUAUUUAUUAAGAUUUUUAAAUAUCAAGUAUAAAUAUAAAUAAUUAAAAAUGAAUGAAUAUGAGGAAUUAUUAAAAUGGUAUCCUCAAUUAAUAUUAACAUCCGAAAAUCCGUUCACUUUGCAUGGUUUAUUAAAUAUUAAUAGUAAUUACCAGAUUGAAAUAAAAUUAAAAGUACCUAAAUAUCCAUUAUUCAAACAUGCAACUAUUUACUUUGGUAAUAAAAUAUCAUCAGUGUAUGCUGCCGACUUUAGUAAAAAAGUCAAUGAUUUAUUACGUAGUAAUAAUUCUAUUAUGUCUUUUUUAAGUCAAUUACAGAAGUUAAUGGACACGAUCAUCAAAGAAAAAUACAAUGACACGCCUAUUGAUGUUGAGUGGUGGGAUAAUUACAAUUUGGAAGAAUUAAAAACGGCUCUUAUGAUUCCUGAUGUCAGCAUUUCUGCUAGCAGUGGUUUAGAUAUUAUUAGGUUAACAUACAAAGAUAUUUCUAUAAAAUUAAAACAAAACAAAUCGUACAAUAAUCCGUGGAUUUUAUUAUCGUCUGAUUUACCUGAGUUAAGAAAUCAUCCAGCUCUUGAAACCUGUAUAUCGACAUUAACUGAAGCUGUAGAGACUCUUAAAUCAAGAGUUGAUUCAUUGGAAAAUAUUUUGAUUGACUUAAAAGAUAUUGAUGAGAAUUGCUGGGUAAUUGAUCCCGUUAAACCAAAACCGUACCACCUGUACAGACGAAUUUAUUUAAAUCCAGCUCUGUCGCUUCUUAUAACUCCAGACCCAUCUUGUCCUGAACGGUUACAAGAAAUAAAAGUACUUGGGAGUGAUAAUGAAGUUGCCAAAUGUCAAGAUAUCAUAACUGAAAAUUUAGAAAAAUGGUCUGGUGAUAGAACGAUUAUUGAAAAUCUAUUGGAUUUAUUAGAUAUCGACGAAUUACCACGACCACCAGAUGAAAGCAGUGCAGUACAACCAAAUGAUGGGAUUGUUGAUGAUCAAGAAUGCUGCAUUUGUUUUUCAAUGGAAUCAGAAAAUGGUGACGUGCCAUCGGAAGUGUGUAAUAAUGAAAAAUGCCGACGUUACUUUCAUACUACUUGUCUUCUUCAGUGGUUGCAAGUCGUCGCAGGCAAUCAAAUUCUUUUCGACCGCAUCCAUGGCUUCUGUCCAAACUGUAAUACAAAUAUAUCAUGUGCUAUUGUAAGUAACUGAAUGAUGAAACCAAAAUAUAUAUUUAUUUAUUUA